UAGUUCAUGUGAAAGCAUGUGUAUAGACUUCAGGAAGGAUUUGUAUUGUUUCAGGAAACCCUUCCUGCAGAUUCAACCUUAUGUGUGUUUUCUUUCUGAGAGAUUGGUCUCCUGGUUUUUGCUUGUGUAUUGACUUGCUCGUUUUAACCUAAUAUGAUUGGUAGAAUUCUAGUUCAUGUGAAAGCAUGUGUAUAGACUUCAGGAAGGAUUUGUAUUGUUUCAGGAAACCCUUCCUGAAACAAGAUGGGAGAUCCAUUACCAUUAAGACUAGCACUGCCUGAGCUGAGAUAUCCGAUUGGAUCAGAGCCAGAGAAGACGAUAUCGAUAAACCAACACUCGAUAGUUGCUUAUAUCAAAACUGUUAAGGAAAUUCUAGGAAAUGAUGAGUUCAACAGAAUAAGAGGGACGUUUUUGGGACCGGUGAUCAAGCUUGGAGAGAGGUCUUUGAAAUUAUCAGCUAAGAUAGUGCACGCAGUUCUCACCAAAAGCAUCAAGACAGUGAAGAGACACGAAUCCUGGUUCCAUUUUGGUGCUCAGCCAAUGAGGUUCUCUAUAAGAGAAUUCCACAUGGUGACUGGUUUGAAAUGUAGUGGUGAAGCAAGAGAACCACGAGAGGAAACCGAGAGAUUUAAGUGGGACUUCCUAAAAGGGCGUACUCAUACAGUAAAGGACGUGGAGAAGCAGCUCAGAAACACAAGAGAAGAUGCUUCUGAUGAGAGAUUCUGCCUUGCAAUGCUCCUCCUGAUUGAGAGCAUACUACUACAGAAGAGCCUUCUCGACGGUGGCACAACUUUUACUUUGGAUUAUGUGAAAAUAGCGCAGGAUAUGGAUGUCUUGAUGACAUACCCAUGGGGGAGAACAGCUUAUAAUUUGCUGUUAAAAUCACUUCAGAGAGCUGUCGACAAAAGCCUCGACAAAAACAAUUAUGAUUUGCAAGGAUUCCCUAUGGCAUUUCUUAUAUGGAUACUUGAGUCAGUACCUUUGCUACAGUAUGCAUUCAGUCAAGUGGUUCCUAUUCUGAGCGUUCAACCGUCUACCCCAAUAUUUUUGUGUGAGAAGUACCUUCAAAUAGCUUCUCCACAGCUGAUAGAUGUUCUCCUAAUUGAAAUCAAAGAUCAUGUAAAGUUUUUACAUUAUUUUUUUCUUGUUUCUGUUUUGCCUUAUGAUUCUCCAUUUAAAAGCUAAUUAUUUUUAUGGUUUCAGCUUAAGGUCAUAUGCAUCCUACCUCCUAUUCCUAAUGAUCCAGAAGCUGAUGUUUGCAUGGAAGACGAAGCUAAUAAAGAUCUGGAUGACAUGGCCGAUUUAUCCAAGAGAGGUUAUAAGUUUAAAAUUAGAGAUUGGCGAAACAUGUCAGUAGACCUAUACGGUGCUAAUGAACAAAUAAGAAGAGCA